AUGGCUCAUCAAGAACAAUUCCGCAAUGUUGAUCCAAGAAUAUGGCAAGAAUGUGCAGGAAGUCAUUUCACAGUUCCGAAACUUCAUUCUAAAGUAUAUUAUUUUCCUAUUGGUCAUUUAGAACACUCUCGUAUAACCCCUAACACUCAAACACUCUCCCUCCUCACUCAUGGCGGCCCAUUCAUUCUUUGCACAGUCUCUUCUGUUGAUUUUCUUGCAGAUCUUGAAACUGAUCAAAUCUUUGCAAAACUACUCCUCACUCCUGUGACUGACGGAAGUGCUGUUGUUCCUCUCGAGGUUAUCAACGAAGAAGACAAUGGUGAUCAUGUUGUUUCCUAUGCCAAGACUAUAUCUAACUCUGAUGCUAACAAUGGAGGUGGAUUCUCUGUACCUCGGGCCUGCGCCAACUCAAUCUUUCCGCCACUUGACUUGACAACUCCAUUACCGUCUCAAGAACUCUCCAUCACCGAUGUUUGUGGUGUUUCCUGGACCAUUCGCCACGUCUCUCGCGGAAAUCCCAAGCGAUACCUAUUCUCCACCGGCUGGAGUGCAUUUGUUGACAAGAAGCAACUCGUCGGUGGUGAUACCCUUGUUUUCAUUAAAAACUCGGCUGAAAAGAUAUUUGUUGGAAUCCGCCGGAAGAAUAUGGUUGCUGCCGCUAGGAAAAUAACGGAAAAGACAGUCAUCAACGCAGUAGAAUUGGCUGAGAAGAAUACACCAUUUGAAGUCUUGUGUUAUCCAACGGUUGAUGGUUUUGAUUUUGUGGUGGAAGAUAAAGUUGUGAAGGAUGCAAUGAACAUUCAUUGGUGUCGUGGAAUGAGAGUUAAGCACACAGUGAAGAAUGAUGAUUCUUCAAAGAGAUGCACAUUUUUGCAUGGCACAAUAUCUGCAAUCUCCCAUUCUUCAACUCAUCCAUGGCGCAUGCUACACGUUGAAUGGAAUGAUCCGAAAGUCUCGAAGAAUCUAAGACAUGUAAGUCCGUGGCAGGUUGAACCUGUUUUUAGCAUACCUAUACUACAUCAACAGUUUCCCCUAACAAAAAGGAUAAGAGCUGCUCAAGGAUCUGCAAUAUUAAGUGAUACAGAAGGAAUUUCUUCUAUUCCAAUGGAACCCUUGAAUCAGACACUACUGAAUUUUGAACUCCUCAAGAACAAAGUGAACUGGUAUUCACAACUGCAGCACCAAAAUAGUUAA